GGCACACGCGGCACGAGGUUGAGUCUGACUGAUGUGUUGAAAUAAGGAGGAGAACUUGCAAAGUGACUGGACCCUCAAGACAACAGCACUGAACAUGGCCUCAAUUCUGCAGAAGCUGAUCACUCCGCUGUUCAGCGGUCCUCCUGAGCCCCCCAGGAAUAAAGUGACAGUGGUGGGCGUGGGCCAGGUUGGCAUGGCCUGUGCCAUCAGCAUCCUGCUCAGGGAGCUGGCCGAUGAACUGGCCCUGGUGGACGUGAUGGAGGACAAGCUGAAGGGAGAGAUGAUGGACCUGCAGCACGGCAGCCUCUUCCUCAAAACCCCCAAAAUAGUCGCAGGCAAAGACUACUCCGUGACAGCGAACUCCCGCAUCGUGGUGGUGACAGCCGGAGUCCGUCAGCAGGAGGGAGAGAGCAGGCUGAACCUCGUCCAGCGAAACGUCAACAUCUUCAAACACAUCGUCCCUCAGAUCGUCAGAUACAGCCCCGACUGCACCAUCAUUGUGGUGUCCAACCCAGUGGAUGUGCUGACUUAUGUAACCUGGAAACUGAGCGGCCUUCCCAAGCACCGCGUCAUCGGCAGCGGCACCAACUUGGAUUCGGCGCGCUUUCGCUUCCUGAUGGCCGACAAACUGGGAAUCCACCCCAGCAGCUUCAACGGCUGGAUCCUGGGAGAGCACGGAGACACCAGUGUGCCCGUGUGGAGCGGAACGAACGUGGCGGGAGUCAACCUGCAGACGUUGAACCCGGACAUCGGCACCGACUGUGACGAAGAGAACUGGAAGGAGACGCACAAGAUGGUGGUGGACAGCGCCUACGAGGUGAUCAAGCUGAAGGGUUACACCAACUGGGCCAUCGGUCUGAGUGUAGCGGACCUCACAGAGAGCAUCAUCAGGAACAUGAAACGGAUUCACCCCGUUUCCACCAUGGUGAAGGGCAUGUAUGGGAUCAACGACGAGGUGUUUCUGAGUCUGCCCUGCGUGCUGAACAGCGGAGGUGUGGCCAGCGUGGUCAACAUGACUCUGACCACUGACGAGGUGACCCAGCUGCAGACCAGUGCCGACACACUGUGGGACAUCCAGAAGGACCUGCAGGACGUCUAAUUGACCAGCAGGGGGCAAUGUAGCCCUACGCUCCUGACGUAUAAUCCCUCUGCAGUCACUAACCGCCACACAGCUGCAACCCACAGCCCUCUGUAGAGUCACAGGCCUCCGGGAGUCUGAUCCCAUCAGAUGUAGCCGUAGGAGUCCGUUUGUGACAUUCACAUGUGAGUGAGAUGCUGCUCUGACUCGUUCGCCCUCGGCUGUGUGGCACCGCGUGUGUCACGCAUGUUGCUUUGAUGUGUAAUAAAGCAAUUGUGUUGUUGCUUGAUCAGUAAA